AUGUUAAUCAACCUCUCUGCGGACGGGCAGAUAUUGAGAUUUCUCGCAGAUGAUGAUGACUUCGUGGAGCUGUUGAUUGCCAAAGUCACUAAUAAAAACGAACAAAAUGCAGACGACAUCGCAAUGCUACUAGCCAACCUCGCAAAAGCGGACAGUUUCAGCCGCAUCAUCACCCUCACAAGAAAGAAAGCAGACGAUGUAUCCACGUCUACAAACGCGCUGGAUCAAUUACUAGACUGCUUCGUCAAGGGAGCCGAGGGGGCACUCAACAAAGCCGCAAACUACGACUAUCUAGCCUACGUUUUUGCAGACCUAUCAAAGACUGAAGAAGGGCGUAAAUUUUUCACGACGAAACAGGAAUAUGACGGGGUUAUUCCUGUUACAAAAUUGCUGGUUUUCACGGAGCAUCUAAGCGAUAUUCGGCGAAGAGGAGUAGCGUGGACGAUCAAGAACGUCUGUUUUGACGUCCAGUCACACCCCAUGCUCAUCAACGAGGAAGAAGGCGAAGGCGCAAAUCUGCUUCCUUAUAUCUUACUUCCCAUGAUGGGGCCGGAAGAGUACCCCGAUGACGAGUCGUCGGAAAUGCUGCCAGACCUACAAUUAUUGCCUCCGGAUAAGCAACGAGAGACAGACCACCAAAUCAUCCUUGCGCAUCUAGAGACUAUUUUGUUGUUGACUACGACUCGGGAAGCGCGCGAUAAGAUGAGACAGGUGCAGGUUUACCCUAUCAUUAGGGAAUGUCAUGCUGGUGUUGAGAGUGAAGGAGUCCGCGAAGGGUGUGAUCGGUUGGUUCAGGUCUUGAUGCGUGGAGAAGAGGGAGAAGUGAAUGAAGCCGAGAGAGAGGCUAUGGAGAGGGCUGGAGUACAUACGAUGCUUGGUCAAACAAAGAGAAUUACGGAAGAGGAGGGGGAAGUAGAAGAAGAGGAUGAGCAGAUAGCAGAGAGGCCGCGGCGUUUCCCCGACCCCGAGCAGACCUCAUCGAUAAACGUCGAAACUGACAUCGUCGCGUUACACUCGACCACCUGGAACACAACAACGCCGCAAGACAGUCAACCCUUCAUUUGCGGCAUCCCAUGGACGGCAGAAUCGAACAUAAGUGAGUUGAAAGUGAAACACGUACAGCUCACCUUCAACGGCGACAACCUUUAUCACUACGCCGUCGAUCCCAAGGUUAACAGACCGGCAACCGAAGGCGCUCCGAUGAUGAAAAUUCGUCGUCCCAGAGCAGCAGAUCCCCUCGUCCGACCCAAGAGGAGACCUCCACCAGGAGGACGACCAGCUCCAAAUUCGGCAGCAGCAAAGGGCGUGCCAGCUCCAAAACCGACUACAGCUACCCCAGCAUCCAUCAAAGCUGCCACAGAACCGGCGCCGCUUCGACUUCAGCGACCUAAUGUACGAGACGAUAUGACCGUGAAUGGAUUCAGCGGUCCGCCACUCUCGACAUUUACAGACUAUCCGCUCGUCACCACCAAGCGCGCGUUGCGGGAAGGACUGAAACAUCAUGUCGCAAAGUUCAUCUCGAAGAAAGCCAUCGAUCCAAGAGAUGAGCAGCAAUUUACAAGACCAGUACGAUUACAGCGUCGCGAUCCACGAGCAAAGCCCCCGGACCCAGAUGCCGUCAAACGCGAAGACGAGAAACAUAUUCCAUGGGCUAUGCGAGAUAUGACCGAGGCCGAAAGAGCAGAGUUCGAAGCAAAAAAGGCAGCGCGAGAGAAAGAGCGAGAAGAGAAUCUGGCUCAAAUCGCCCCUUCAGCAGCCACGGCUCAGAAGCGUACCAAUCAACAAAAACCGAAAACUCAGCAAGUCAUGAAAGCAGACAUGACCGCAGAAGAAAUUGCAAAAGCCCGAAUUAAGUACGAAGAGGCUUUACCGUGGCACAUGGAGGACUUUGAUAACAAGAAUACCUGGAUGGGAAACUACGAGGCGGCUCUGUCAGAAACGUAUGCGAUGUUCGUACUUGAGCCUACUGGAAAGAUGAGAAUGGUCCCGAUCGACAAAUGGUACCGCUUCAGCGCGCGAAACGCGUUCAAAACGUUGACCAUUGAAGAAGCCGAGAAGUUCAUGUCGAAGAAGAUCAAGGAUCCGCGAUGGUUCAUGGAGAAGCAGCAAGAGGCCGUCAAGCAAAAAGAACUCGACGCGUAUGCAAAACAGAGAAAGGUCUAUCGAGGCAAGGAGGUGUCUGCUACAGGCUUGGAUGGCACCGACAUGGAUUUUGAGGAGGAUAGGUUCGCUGAUGAUGAAGAGGUUGAUGCUGGUCUUUUUGAAGAGGAUGAGGAUACCAAGGCUGCCGAGCAGCGUAUCAAGCAGGAUCAACUGAAAGCUAAUGUUUUCAACCUAAAAGAAGAGAAGGAUUAUGACGAGGAGGAGUUGAGGGAGAAGAAGGAGAAAGAAGCCCGCAAAGUUAUUGGUAAGAAAGUGCGAAAGGCACUGCAGCGCCGGGAGAAGAACUUUGAUUAUAGCAGUGGUUCGGAUGUCAAUCCUUAUUCUGAUGAAGAGAGCACCGAGGAAGACAGCGAGGCCGAGAACGAAAAAGAAGAGGACAAAAAAACCGAAGAAGAAAAAGCUCUUGCUAAAGAAAAAGAGAAAGAAUCUGGCGCGUCCACAAAAGCGAGCACACCAUCUGGCCGUCCAAAGCAUACGGAUGCACUCAAAAAGGCGAGCGGCAUCGGCCGUAAGCGUAUCGGAUCUCCCAACCUCUCAGAUGCCAGCGGAACAGACACGUCUCGCAAGAAGCCGAAGCACGCGCCUCAUUCUGUUCCUUCUCCAUCUGGCCUAGCCCAGGCAGUCAAAAAGAGAAACCGCAUCGGCGGUCCCGGCUCAGGCAGCGACAUCGAAGGCGGCGCCCUCUCCGGCGCCGACCUCAGCGACGCUGGAAAAGCGAAGAAACUCAAACUCAACCUCUCCCGAGCCGGUACACCCCUUGGCUCGCGCUCCGGUAGUCCAGCCGCGCCUCUACGCGCCGGAACACCAGAGGGCGGCUCAACCCUCAAAGGUCCCCUCCGAACCUCAACCCCCCGCCCCUCCAUCUCUAGCGGCGCGGCAUCCCCAAUCGCAUCAACAGCGAAUACAACAUUCCCAACCCCCGCCGAAAUCCACGCCGCAAUCCCGGCUUCCGGAAUUGCAAGUCGCGACCUCCUCAAGAUCUUCCAUCCGCGAAUCGGCGAGUCAAAGGAGAAUCAUAGGAGGUUUAUCGCGAUUGUUAAGGAUGUGGGUGUUUAUGGCAAGGAGGAUCGGUUGUUGAGGCCUGGUGUUUUGAAGGAAUGA